CUCUUGUCUAGCUCCCUGCCCAAAAGCGCCGCCCAUUUCCCAAAUAAUCUCUAGCCCCUACGCUACGAUGGCGCCGGAAACUGGCCGCCGACGUGGGUGGUUCCGAUUCUUCGUCGCGACCUUGUUCGCUGCGGCGGCGGUGGCGGGGCAGAUCAGUAGCGGCACGAACAACACGACGGCGGCGGUGGCGGUGAACGUCGGGGUGAUUGUGGACAUGGACAGAGCCGACUUCGCCGGGCAGGUGUGGCUGAGCUGCGUGGAAAUGGCGGUGUCGGAAUUCUACGGUUCGCACCCGAAUUACACCACCCGCGUCGUCAUCACCGCCAGGGAUUCCCGCAGAGACGACGUCGUUCAAGCUGCUGCUUCGGCCCUGGAUUUGAUAAAGAACGUGCAGGUCCAAGCUAUCCUCGGCCCAGACACAUCGAUGCAGGCCAACUUCCUCAUCCCGCUGGGAGAAAAAGCCCACGUCCCCAUCGUCUCCUUCUCCGCAACAAGCCCAACCCUCGCUUCCAUCGGCAGCCCGUACUUCUUCCGCGCCACACAAAACGACUCCACCCAAGUCAACGCCGUCGCCGCCAUAUUCAAGGCCUUCGGCUGGCGGCAGGCCGUCCCAAUCUACGUCGACGACGCCUUCGGCCAAGGCAUCAUCCCUUCCUUAGUCGACUCCCUCGAAGCCGUCGACGCCCGAAUCCCUUACCGCAGCGCCAUUUCGCCGUCCGCCACCGACGACCAAAUCGGAGAGGAGCUCUACAAGCUCAUGACCAUGCAGACUCGCGUCUUCAUAGUCCACGUGUCUCCCGAUCUCGGCCCCAGGCUAUUUGUCAAGGCCAAAGAGGUCGGGAUGAUGUCAGCAGGUUACGUGUGGAUCAUAACCGAUGGGCUCACCGUCUUCCUGCCUUCCUUUCACCCUUCAGUUCUCCGCUCCAUGCAAGGCGUGUUGGGAGUCAAACCGCACGUGCCACAAACACAGGCGGUUCUAAACUUCACGACACGUUGGAGGAGGAAGUUCCAGCGAGACCAUCCGGAGAUCCUCGAUGCCAACCUCAACAGCUACGGUUUGCGGGCGUACGAUGCCACGUGGGCAUUGGCAAUGGCGGUCGAGAAGGCUGGGGCCGCAACCUAUUUCAGUUUCGAAAGCGAUAAGACGAAGAAGUAUAUGGUCGGGGUGUCGAGAAACGGCCAGAAUCUGGCUAGCGCGCUCUUGGGAACGAGCUUCCGAGGUCUCUUCGGUGGGUUUGCGUUGGAGGCCGACGGGCAGCUGAGAGCGUCGGCUUACGAGGUUGUGAACGUGAAUGGGAACGCAGAUAGAGUUGUUGGGUACUGGACACCACCACCAGCUGGCGAGCUGACGACGAGGAGCUCGUCGAAGGUGGCGAGCCAGCUGGGGACGGUGAUAUGGCCGGGGGAUCCGGGUGCGGUUCCUAAAGGGUUCGAGAUCCCGAUGAGCGGGAAGAAGCUCAGGAUCGGAGUCCCCGUGAAACCCGGCUUCAGGGAGUUCGUCUCCGUGAGUACCGAUCCCGAGACCAACGAGACGACCGUGACCGGCUACUGCAUGGAUGUUUUCGAAGCCGUCGUCAAAACGCUGCCGUAUGCGCUUCCCUUUGAGUACGUGCCUUUCGCCAAACCUAACGGUGAAAGCAACGGGAGUUACAACGACCUGGUUAAUCAGGUCUUUUUAGGAAACUUGGACGCGGUGGUCGGAGAUAUCACCAUCAUCGCCAACCGGUCAAACUACGUUGACUUCACGCUGCCGUACACGGAAUCGGGAGUGUCCAUGGUGGUUCCGGUGAGGCCAGAUGGGAGCAAGAAUGCGUGGUCGUUCUUGAAGCCAUUGACGUGGGAUCUUUGGGUGACGACGUUUCUCUUCUUUCUGUUUAUCGGGUUCGUGGUGUGGGUUCUGGAGCACAGGAUCAGCAAGGACUUCAGAGGCCCGCCUUCACACCAAGCUGGGACUAGCCUCUGGUUCUCCUUCUCCACCAUGGCCUUCGCUCAACGUAGGAAUCGACUGGACAAAACCUGGUGAGCAACCUGACAAGGACGGUGGUGAUAAUAUGGUGCUUCGUGGUGCUGAUCAUCAUUCAGAGUUACACCGCGAGUUUCACGAGCCUCCUGACGGUGCAACGGCUGCGACCCACGGUGACGGACAUGAGCGAGCUGUUGAGAAAGGGGGAGUUUGUGGGAUACCAGGAAGGCACGUUUGUGGUCGGGCUAUUGAACAGUAUGGGAUUCAGCGGUGACAAGCUCGUGAGUUAUAAUAGCAUCGAGGGUUUUGACUCGCUUUUUCAGGCAAGGGAGAAUCGUGGCUGCGUUUGAUGAAGUCCCCUACAUCAAGCUCAUCUUGGCCAAACGCUGCUCCGAGUACAUGAUGAUCGAUCCCACUUAUAAAGCCGACGGCUUUGGCUUUGUCUUUCCUAAAGGCUCCCCAUUAGUUCCAGACAUUUCACGAGCCAUCCUCAACGUCACUGAAGGAGACAGCAUGACAAAAAUCGAAGAAACAUGGAUUGGCAAGAACAACAAGUGCCCGGAGUCCAGCACCUCACCUCCUAUAGGGAACCAACUGGGGCUGAACAGCUUCUGGAGCCUGUUUCUGAUUGCCGGAGUGGCCGCAGUUUCAGCGCUCUGCAUUUUUUCUGUUAUGUUCGUUUACGAGCACAGGAAGCUUUUGUUUCCCUCAAAAGAUGACUUACAUUCGAACCCUUCAUUCUGGAGAAGGGUUCUGAAUCUGUUCAAGACUUUCGAUGAGAAAGACCUCAAAUUCCAUACUUUCAGGGACGACAGAGUUGGUAACGAGAUUAACCUUGCCGAUUUGAAUGUGAUGACGAGCCCUUCCACGUUUUCGGUGGAGACGACGGAGUUUCCUGCGGGAUCAUCCCAAAAACCAAUUACUCCGCCGCUAGAUUCACCGUCGGAGUUGAACGAAAGCACAGAGCCUCGGGUAGGAGAGAUUAACAACAUGGAUUCACAUCCAAAUUCCAGUGUAGGAGGAGUUAUUGCUACUGCUGAUGGUGAAAUUAUUACAAGUCGUGUGUUUUAGUUAUUGGUAUUUUUUUUUGGGUUGUCAAUUAAGGGAGUGGGGUUAGGAAGUGGAUUAGUUAAAGAGGGACUAUUUUAUUAAGGGUUAUAAGUAUAAUAUGCCCAUUUAUUAUGUCGUUUUAUCAAACAUGCUCAUCUAUUAUUU